AUUUUUUCAUCUUAAUAUGUUGUUGAGGGCCAUGUCAACUAUAAAAUAUAACUUUAAAUACUGUUCUCUUAAAUAUUGUCUUAUAAAAUGUUGUGCCUCUUUAGACUUUUAAUAAUAAUAAUGCAUUCGAUUUAAAACGCACCUUUCAGAUCACACAAUUUUACCUUCUAAAAAAGCAAAGUAGUAUAAGAAAAUCUUUAGAGAAAACAAAAAGGAAAUUAAUGUGAAAUUUCUUGUUUGAACAGAUGAAUUUUCAACUGGAAUUUAAAAUGAGAGUGCCAAUGUUUUCAGAGAUGAGGGGGAAAUCAUUUUGAGGCCUUGUUUACCACCAUGUCAGAUGAGAAGGAGUCAUAUUGAGGCUUACAGAGGAGGCUGAACUAAAAGACCGAGAAGGAGAGUUCAUGUGGAGGAGGUGCAGAUAAAUACAUUAUGAAGGAGUGAGGUGAUGGAUGACCUUAAAAUUUAAAACAGGACUACAAAUUCAGGGCAGAAUCUGAUUUUGAUUCUGUGAAGUUGCUAAAGAUAGGUGAAAUGGUGGAUGGAUUUCUGGAUAUCACAAAGAUAGCAGCAUUUGGAAACAAAUGCAGUUUCCAAGUGGAAGUAUGAGGGAAAGUGAAGAUAAGAUAACUGCAGUUUUCCAGACGAGAUGCGAUUAAACUGUUGACCAGUCUUAUUUUCACCUACAAUAGUUUAAUGUGAACUUUCUGACAGAAAAAAAAUUGUAUUGAAAAUAAUGAUGGUUAAGAAAGAGACUUAGUGCAUGCAUUAAAAAAUCAAUUCUGCAUUAAAUUGGAAUUUUUAAUACCACAGCUGCUUCAAAAGUACAAGGUUGAGAAAAUAUGUUGUUGUUUUUAUCAAGCCAUCUAUUGUACAAAAGAGUAAAGAUGAACUAUACAUUUUCUAUAUUCUUGGACACACUGAACAUGUUUGAAGUUUUGGGAGAUUUUUCUUAAACAUGACCCCAGGGUGGCGCUAUAAAACAGGAAUAGGAUAUUUAGAGUCUCGUCUACCGUUUUGCGUGUCUUCAACAUACUGCUCCUGUCUUGUAGAGGAGGAAUAUCGCAGAUUUGUGAGGUUGCUGGUGUUUUCUGCUUGUACUGAAUAAUAUUUACUUCAUUAUUCAUUGUUUCUUCAUACUGACUGAAGUUACUCAACGAUGAAUUCUAUAUUCGCCAAUGUUCUGUCGUGGGGAUAUUUUUUAUUCGUUCUUUGGAUCAACGUCGCGCAUGGAGACAUGAGCUAUUCUUUCCCGGAGGAGAUGAAACGAGGAUCAGUUAUUGGAAAUAUAGCCAAGGAUCUCGGGCUGCAGACAGGAGCGCUGUCCACCAGAAGAGCCCGCAUUGACACCGAGGAGAGUGAUAAACGUUACUGUGACAUAAACCUGAAGAGCGGCGAGCUGAUUGUGGCGGAGAGGAUUGACCGAGAGGAGCUUUGUGGCGAAAAGGCUUCGUGCAUCUUAAAACAAGAGCUCGUUUUGGAGAAUCCUCUAGAGCUGCAUCGGAUCAGCCUUAAUGUUCAAGAUGUUAAUGAUAACUCUCCGCAGUUCAACGAAAAAUUGAUCAGUCUUGAAAUUAGAGAAUCGGCAGACAGAGGAGCUCGCUUUGUGAUCGAGGAGGCGAGCGAUGCGGAUGUAGGACAAAAUUCAGUUCAGCAGUAUAGCCUAGAAAAGAACGAAAAUUUCAUUCUGGCUGCUAAUGGAAACACAGUGGAGCUUAUUUUGGAUAAGGAGCUUGAUCGAGAAAAACAGAAAGAAAUUAAUAUUCUCCUUUCAGCUUUAGAUGGCGGAUCUCCUCAGAGAUCAGGUACAGUGAUCAUACAUGUAACUGUACUGGAUGCUAAUGAUAACGCCCCAGUGUUUAGCCAGGCCGUUUAUAAAGCCAGUAUGCCUGAAAACUCUCCUAUUGGUACUGUAGUUAUAACAGUGAGCGCAACUGAUGCAGAUGAGGGAGUGAAUGGAGACGUGACCUAUGAUUUUGGGAAUGUUAAUGAAGAUGUGAGAAAGAAAUUCAUGAUUGACCGCAAAGUAGGGGAAAUACGUGUAAUGGAUACUGUAGACUAUGAAGUUACUGCAUCAUAUGAAAUACGUAUUAAAGCAAAAGACGGUCUGGGGUUGUCAUCCUAUGCUAAGGUUAUCAUUUCUGUCACUGAUGUGAAUGACAACGCCCCUGUAGUUAAUCUGAAAUCACUGACCAAUCCCAUACCAGAAGACACUCCAGCUGGUACAGAGGUGGGCAUCAUUAAUGUACAGGACAGAGACUCUGAGAAUAACCGACAGGUUCGCUGCUCCAUCCAGGAAAAUGUCCCUUUUAAGUUGGUUCCUUCUAUUAAAAACUAUUAUUCUCUGGUGACCAAAGGACAACUGGACCGUGAACUAGUAUCUGAUUACAACAUUACAAUCUUUGCCACUGAUGAAGGCUCUCCUCCUCUGUCCUCCUCUAAAACUAUUCAUUUAUCUGUAGCUGAUAUCAAUGACAACCCACCUGUGUUUGAGGAACAGUCCUACAGCGCAUAUGUGAGUGAAAAUAACAAACCUGGCUCCUCUUUAUGUACUGUUUCUGCUCGAGAUCCUGACUGGAGACAAAACGGUACAGUGAUUUAUUCUCUGUUACCUGGUGAGGUGAACGGUGCCUCGGUGUCCUCCUAUCUAUCUGUUAAUGGAGACACAGGAGUGAUCCACGCUGUGAGGUCAUUUGAUUAUGAACAGUUCAGGAGUUUUAAAGUCCAAGUGAUGGCCAGAGACAAUGGUUCUCCUCCUCUCAGCAGCAACGUGACUGUCAGUGUGUUCAUAUCAGAUGUGAAUGACAACUCUCCUCAGAUAUUGUAUCCAGCACCAGAGGGCAGCUCCUUCAUGACUGAGUUGGUCCCCAAAGCUGCACAUGGAGGGUCUCUGGUGUCCAAAGUGAUAGCAGUGGACGCAGACUCUGGACAGAACGCCUGGCUGUCCUAUCAUAUAGUCAAAGCCACAGAUCCUGGACUUUUCAGUAUUGAUCUACACAGUGGAGAAAUCAGGACACAGCGAGACAUUUCAGAAUCUGACAGCAUGAAACAGAACCUGAUUGUUGCAGUGAAAGAUAAUGGACAGCCCUCUCUGUCUGCCACCUGUUCAAUGUUUUUACUUAUUUCUGAUAACUUGGCUGAAGUGCCAGAACUGAAAGACAUUUCUUUUGAUGAGAAGAACUCCAAGUUGACCUCUUAUCUGAUCAUUGCGCUGGUUUCUGUGUCCACCUUCUUUCUGACCUUCAUCAUCAUCAUCUUGGGUGUGAGGUUUUGUCGUAGGAGAAAGCCCAGACUGUUGUUUGAUGGAGCAGUAGCCAUCCCAGGAGCUUAUCUACCUCCUAAUUACUCAGAUGUUGACGGUACAGGAACUUUACGCAGCACCUAUAAUUAUGAUGCCUACCUGACAACAGGAUCCAGAACCAGUGACUUUAAGUUUGUAUCAUCUUAUAAUGACAACACGCUGCCUGCUGACCAGACUCUGAAGAAAAGUUUGAGUGAUUUUACUGAGCCUUUUGGAGAACUGGAAGGAUACUCAGAGGUAUGA